AUGUCCUAUUUAUAGUUAAUCGACUAAAUUACUUAACUAACUAUAAAGCUGAAAUGACUAAUCUACCCUUUUAGUUUAUUUACAACAAUCUUCUAACACAAUUGCAACACUAUAAUUUUGGAAUUGUACGUGUUAUAUUUUGGACGGUGACGAAACUCCAUAGAUGGCAAGUUUGGCAGGGACGGAAUCAGUUCACAGGAUGACUCAAGGACAAGUAAUCCCAAGUUCCAAAGUGCAUCCAUAUCUCUUUGAAAGUUACAGCCGUUAAUCUAAAAAUUCCUGUGUUACCUCUACUCUCGCUAUGUAUAUAUAUGGAAUGACAUUUUUCCUGUAAAAUCUCUUUCCCUCCGACGACUGCAUUUCUGAUUGAGACAAGCAGGCGAACAACUCUUUCAAUUUUCGAUGGGAAGGGUAAGGCUGAGCAUGAAGCGAUUGGAGAGCAGUAGUAACCGUCAGGUCACUUAUUUCAAACGAAGGACUGGAAUGUUGAAGAAAGCCCAGGAAAUUUCAGUGUUAUGUGAUAUCGACAUUCUCCUUCUUAUGCUUUCCCCCUCUGGAAAGCCAACGCUAUUUCAAGGAGAACGAAGCAAUUUUGAUGAAAUAAUUGCAAACUUUGCUCGAUUGACUCCUCAAGCAAGGGCAAAAAGGAAGUUGGAGAGCCUUGAAACAUUGAGGAAGACUUUUAAGAAGCUUGACCAUGAUAUAGGUGUGCAAGAUUUUCUCGAUGCUAGUGCUCCAUCAUUUGAGGAAUUGCUGAACCAAGUGAAUGUCUUGCAAUCUCGGUUUACUAAUAUAGAAAGUAGACUUAGUUGGUGGAGUAAUCCUGAUAAGAUAAAUAAGGUAGAAGAUCUCGAGCUGAUGGAGUCUGCACUAAGGGAGUCACUUAAUGCAGUUCAUGUUCAGAAGCUCCAGAACACGAUGCAUUUGCCUCUUCCUAUGAGUAAUGAACAAGAUGGGCAAACCUCUCAGUGGCAUCCAGCAAAUAAAAUCCAGCACAUGCCAUUCCCUGAGGCACCAAACAUUCUACCCCAGGAAAAUAUAGGGUACUCUGGAGAUACAUCCGUUGAAGAAUCUUCUCAUGUUAUGGACCCUGGAGAAGAACUACAGCUUGAUCAAGCAAGACAGGCCACAACUGCAAUACUAGAUGACAGUGUGUUGGAUGAUCUAAAUAGUAUAGCAUACUUGAGGCAUCAACUAAGUGAGCAAUAUUCAUGCAAUCCCUAUGAUAAUCUUAAUCUGCUGGGAAGUAAACGAUGGGAUCCUGAGAGUGAGGUCAAUUUCAAAGGAUAUCUGGUGGAUUAUGAAAUUCAAAGUAAUUUUGACCUGCCUAGGUCUGUAGAUUCAGUCAAUAAUAGUGCAGCUGAUACCAUUGCUGUUCGGGGUUUUGAUGAAAAAUCAUAUGCACAGGUAUUUUUACCUCUUUCCAUUGGCAGUUAAUUUCUCAACUCUGUGACAGUUAAUUAUUGGAGAAACGAAUUAUUCGUCCAUCUUACAAAUGGACUUUAUCUGCUCCAUGCAUGUUUCCUUGUUCUCUUUGAUAGUUGAACAUGCUGAAUGCAAGUCUUAUAUUAGUCCAUUAAACAAACCACCAUCUCCAAGUAUACUGUCAUGUAAAUGAUCCUGUCUGGUCCAACAUUUCUUACUCGGUCUUUUAUUUUUUUUUAUUUUUAUUUUUUAUUUUUUGUGAUUUAUUUCCUGCAGCAAGGAAACUGUUCGCAGUGAUUGACAGUCGAGAUAAGUCGCCCUACUUGUGUAGAAUAAUCUGUGAUCGCAAGUGAGGUCACAUUUGCAGGCGCAAAGGUUGUUGAUAGGUAAUUAUAUUCGAACGUGUAUAGGUGUUUUGAAGGCAAACCCUGUCACCACACACGGUGAAACUAGAAUAAGAGCUUGCUCAUGUAUUCGAUCUGAGUAAAAGACCAAUUUCACUUUGCUUCAAUAAAUUACUGGGAUUUGUUUUGCAAUUGAGAUGCAACUUGAGCUACUAAAAGAACGUUUUUUCCCUUUACCAGAUCCAAAUCUCAAUGAGCAUCUAGAACUAGCUAAAGGAGGCUGUUCUUUCAUUUUACAUGCCAACAAGAGUGCAAAUCACAUUCUUUUGAUGAUCUAGUGGGAAUAACACGGAUAAGAAACGCUGUACAUUAAAGGUUCCUUGUUUACCACAAAGCUCUAUUCUUUAUCAAAAACCAUAACAUGGUUACAAGGUACCACAAUAUAUUCAAUCCAGUUUCCAUGAGGUUUUCUAGUUGCUGAAUGUUUGGACAAUGGUGUUGUGCCAUGGGUCAGAGAGGUGCUGCAGAAGGUUGUCAAAAGGUCCCUUUCCAGUCACAUUGUGCUGCACUACGAAUCCCAAAAAUGCCAA